GAUGCCCCCCUCCACUAGCGCUCCAACAGCCUAGGGUUCACUCCUCCGUUCCCUAAUGCCGGGCCCUUCCCGGGCGCAGGACGCUUCUUCGUGGCGCCUCGGGCUCGGGGUCUGCCCGGGUCGCAGAGGUGGAUCGCAGCAGUGCCGGGGAGGGGCGGUCCAGGAAUCCAGCAGCCGGGGAAAGGGCUCCAAAAAGCACAAGUCAGGGCUGGCUCGGACCAGGCUGUUGUUGUUCUCAACGUGGUCCGCCGCGGAGCUAUAAAAGAGGAGAGGGGCGCCCUCCUCGCCAGAGCGCAGCGCGCACGCCCAGCGGUUUCUGGCAGCGGUAGCGGCAACCGUCCUAGACAGUUUUUCGGCUUCGACCCGACUACCCCAACGCUUUCCUCGGCUCCCGCCCAGGCACAGCCAGGGACGCCCGCUCCGGCCGGCCGGGUCCCCACCCCACCCCAGCCCUGCCGCCCGGCCCUAGGCCCGGCCGCGGCCGCUCCCGCCUGGAGCCGCCGCGCGCCCCCAGCCCCCCGGCAUCCCCUCGGCCCCUCGCCUUCCUUUUUCCCGCGCGGCCCCCGGGCUUCCGCGCUCCGCCCGCCACCAACCCGCUCGCCACCAUGUCUGUGGAGCUCGAGGAGGCCCUGCCGCUGACUACAGCCGAUGGGGCGGCCAAAAAGGCAGCUAAAGCUGGUGGUUCGGCGGCGCUGUCUCCGUCCAAGAAGAAGAAAAACAAGAAGAAGAAUCAGCCGGGCAAAUACAGCCAGCUGGUGGUGGAGACCAUCCGCAGGCUGGGCGAGCGCAACGGCUCGUCGCUGGCCAAGAUCUAUACGGAAGCCAAGAAGGUGGCGUGGUUCGACCAGCAGAACGGGCGCACCUACCUCAAGUACUCCAUCAAGGCCUUGGUGCAAAACGACACGCUUCUGCAGGUGAAGGGGACCGGCGCCAAUGGCUCCUUUAAGCUCAACCGCAAGAAGCUGGAUGGCAGUGGUGAGCGGCGCGGGGUCCCGGCGGCCGCCACUGUCCCCGCGGCCGCGGUGCACAAGGCCAAGAAGGCGGCCCCAGGCGCAGCCGGCACCCGAUGCUCAGACCAGAAUCCUGCCAAGGGCCAGAAGCCUGAGAAGCGCUCGCACAAGAAGGGCGUCGCCUCGAAGGACAAAGGCGGCAAGGCUAAGGCGGCGGCGGCUGCGGGCAAGAAGGUGAAGAAGGCGGCCAAGCCCAGCGUCCCUAAAGUGCCGAAGGGCCGCAAGUGAGCGCGCGGGCAUGCAGGGUCGGCUUGGUGUUCGAUUUUUGUACCCCAAGUGUGUAGUUUUGUACGGUUACCCCGGUCCGGGCCGCUUGAGCGCAGCGAAGGGCCUGGGGUCGCUCCUUUCCUCCCAUCCCCCCUCGCCGUGGUAGCAUUUUUUUUUGUUUGCUUUUAGAUUUUGAAACGGCCCUGGCGACGCCUUCAUUGGCUCUUCGCCGGUGGCAACGGCUGUCGCUAUGGUUACCGGCCUCUAGGCGCCCUUUCCGGCUCCCCAUUCACUCCCCCUUUGGGUGUGCGACAAACAAUCGCGCGGGCCUACGCGGCGCUUCCCUUCUUCCCGUUAGCCUUUUGGGGGGCACAAUAAAUUGUUUAAACCUUUGAA